AUGAUGUCCAAAUGGCUGCCUCUCCUGUUAACAAGCGCCUCUCUGUGUCUCGGCAGGCCGGGGCCUCACGUUCCCCUAGCAAGAAGGGACCGCGAUGUUGCGCCGAGUAAUAUCAAAAAUGUCGACAACGCAAACUUAGUGUAUAAGCAGGGCAGCAUUUCUGCAUUUCUUCAUCCACGCUCAAUCGCAGUGUCGGCUCUCCCAGUCGCCGAGGAUGAGCGAGCGCGGUUGAAGCAAUUGUUCAGCUGGGCGGACUUUCACCCUACGGGAUUCUACCUCAAUCCAAACCAAACGCUCAUGGUACGAGUCUCUGGACUCAAUACUUCGGGACCAAAACCUCAAAUCCUUGUUGGCACUCCGGCCUUGGUACACCCCGAGGAUCACACCCGGGACAUGCCGGCAUCACUGCAGGCCUCCAAGCCCUUGAACUACGGGGACAACUCGGUGUCUGAUCCUCUCGGCGGGAUCUUGUACAUUCGAUACACCUUCAAAAAGGGGCAGAAACCACCACCACCCGUGAACGUCACUCUAGGCGAAGGUGACGCAGCCCAGCCGUUCCCGCUGUUCAGAGACGGUGUAACAACCAACAGCCAGUGGGCAACCAUGCUGCGCGUAACAAAUGUCCCGUUUGCAGAACUGGUUGGUGAACGGGUCAUUGUGACAGGUCUGGCAAAAAGCGCGAAAACCUAUGCGGAUAAGUCUCAGGAUCAGUCGGAAUUGCUGGCCACGUAUAAGAGCAUGAUAUCCGCGCAAGACAGCAUCUCUGGCCUCAGCCUGAAUGCCACUGAUUUGCACAGACCCAGCAUACUGCGACCAAUGGUCGUGCAAAGCAACAACAAGUCGAACCCGAAUUCAUUUUACUUCCGUGCUGCGAUUCCGAACCCCGAACACAUGUGGUGGAAGCCGACAGUCCAAAAAUCAUGGAUGAUAUACCACGAACUAGGACAUCAGCGCCAACACAUCGAGACGUGGAGUUGGGGCUCGCUGGGCGAGGUGACUGUCAACAUCUAUAGUCUUGCUGCUCGCCGCUUGGUCCCCGAUAUUCCCAACAAGGAGAUCACCCACGGCACGACCCAAGAAUGGGACGCCGCCAAGAAAUAUCUUGCUCAAGGCGCCGAACAGAAAGACUUCGAAAAGGCGGAUCUCUUCGUCAGGCUCGUUAUGUUCGAGCAGCUCCGUGUCCUGUUUGGCGAUGCUUUCUAUCAUCAACUGCACACGAACUCUCGCAUGGGACAGAGACAAGCCAACGACGCCGACAAGAAGCACUACUUUAUGACCCAGUCUGCAGAGAUCUCAAAGAAGAACCUGACCGACUUCUUCACGAAAUGGGGGCUCAAGCCCGAGGAGCGUACUGUCAAGGAGAUGAGCAAGCAGCAAAACCCGACGGAAGACUUGACCACCCGGCCAGUCUACCAGGAUAAAAAGUGA